AUGAUAUUCGAGCAUAACGGCGAUGUCUUAUGCUCCCAGUUGAAUGGAGUUUCCUCUGAACGUCGAGAGGAUAAAUCUGUCAACCAAGAGAACACAGCUAGGGACGUCGAAAUGCUGCGACUCAUCGGCCAGUACCUUUGCGACAAGGGUCUCACUGGGGCCUACACUCAACUUUCGAAGGAGUCGGGAAUUUCCUUGGAACACAUCGAUGCGACGGAACUGCGACAUGCCAUACUAGAAGGUCGUUGGAAUGAUGUAAGUGCCGAGGCUGCUGUUGAGCGCCUAGCUCCUUUAAUUGCCGACCCGGAGCGAGUUGAUGAAGUCCAGUUUCUGCUUCUUGAACAGCGGUUCUUGGAACACCUCGAGGCGAAUGAAGUUAUGCCCGCAGUUACGUUAUUACGUAAUCGAAUAACGCCUAUGCAGCGCAACACGGAGCGCGUUCAUACGUUAGCGAGCUGUUUAAUGUGCCGCACCAGUGCAGAAUUGCGAGCCCAAGCCGGUGGUUGGGCUGGCAAAGAUUCUGGUAGCAGGUUGCAGCUGAUCAAUCGAAUUCAGUCCUAUGUACCGGCGCAAACCAUGCUUCCCCCUCGUCGCCUAGAGGUACUGGUCAACGAGGCUGUGCGUGCUCAGUUAUCUUCGUGUAUCUUUCACAACCCGCCGCCAGGAGCCCCUAUGGACUUACAUAGCAUUUCGUUGCUCCAGCAUCAUUCAUGUGGCAUGUGA